GAGAAUUGCUGACCAUCAACACUCAUCGUGGCUUGUACCAAUACAACCGCCUCCCUUUUGGCGUGAAAACAGCACCAGCCAUCUUCCAGCAGCUGAUGGACACCAUGCUCGCGGGAGUUUCUGGAGCCGCGGCGUACCUGGAUGAUAUCAUUUUAAUGGGUCGGACGGCAGAAGAACUAUUUCAACGGCUCGCUGAAGUGCUUGUACGUAUCCAGUCAUAUGGUUUCCGUAUCCGCGAAGAUAAGUGUACCUUUUUUACACCAACCAUCAAGUUUCUCGGUUUCAUCUUCUCAAAAGAUGGUCGUCGCCCUGAUCCAGAAAAUAUCCGAGCUAUUCAAAAGAUGCCCCCACCUGUGGACUUGCAGUCGCUGCGUUCAUUCUGUGGCCUAAUCAGUCAUUACAGCGCUUUUCUGCCCGAACUACAUCGCCUGCGUGCCCCAUUGAAUAAGUUGUUGAGCAAGGGCCAAACCUGGAAUUGGACGCCAGAAUGCCAGACUGUGUUUGAGCGGGUCAAGUCAUUGUUGGCUUCAGACUUACUCCUAACUCAUUUUGAUCCUUCCCGGGAAAUUGUCCUUGCCACAGACGCAUCGAGUCUAGGAAUCGGUGCCGUAGUUUCCCAUACGUUCCCAGAUGGAUCUCAGAAGGCGAUCGCACAUGCCGCCAGGACGCUAACGAAAGCUGAAAGAAACUACAGUCAGAUCGAGAAGGAGGCAUUGGCCAUAGUGUUUGCUGUGAAGAAAUUUCACAAAAUGCUGUAUGGUCGCCGCUUCAAACUCUUGACGGAUCACAAGCCGCUGCUGGCCAUUUUCGGCUCGAAGAAGGGAAUUCCUGCCUAUACAGCCAAUCGACUCCAACGAUGGGCACUUACAUUGCUGGGCUAUGAUUUUGAAAUCCGUUAUCAGUCAACGAAUUCGCUGGGCCAAGCAGAUGCGUUGUCACGCCUCAUUGAUUCCCAGCAACAAGAACACGAGGACACCAUCAUUGCCUCAGUUGAAAUCGAACCUGAUGUCAAAUUCCUGGUGAACGAGGCACUACAUGGUAUGCCAGUUACGGCCGAUGCUGUGCGGGCCGAAACGCUUCGAGACCCAAUCCUGAAGAAGGUGACACACUUCCACAGAACCAGCUGGCCACGUUCGUGUUCAUCUGCCGAAAUGCAGCAGUUCUAUCAGCGAAGACAUUCGCUUUCCAUUGUGGACGAUUGCAUCAUGUUCUCAGACAGAGUAGUCAUCCCGCAGGCGUUGCAACAAAGAGUGCUGCGACAGUUCCAUGCAGGACAUCCAGGGCUCAACCGAAUGAAAGCGCUUGCCAGAAGUUAUGUAUAUUGGCCGUUUAUGGACAGGCAGCUAGAGCAGCUAGCUAAAAGUUGUGGCAACUGCGCUACCGCCUCAAGGGCACCGCCAAAGACUGAACUCCGCUCAUGGCCUAAACCAACUAAACCUUGGAGUCGUGUUCAUGUAGACUUUGCAGGCCCAAUCAAUGGCCAGAACUUUCUCAUAGUGGUCGACGCUUAUAGCAAGUGGCCCGAAGUGUUCCUCAUGAGAAGCACGAAAACCAGCGCAACCGUCUCUAGGUUGCGACAAAUCUUCAGCAGGUUCGGCUGCCCUGAAACAUUGGUGACGGACAAUGGAGCACAGUUUACUUCGGCCACAUUCAUGGAAUUCUGCCAACGCUGCGCCAUCAAACACUUGCGGUCUCCACCAUUCCACCCACAAUCGAAUGGCCAAGCAGAGAGGUUUGUGGAUACAUUCAAACGCGCUCUCCUCAAAUCAAGGAGGGAGGGAGACAUAGAGGAGGUGAUCGACCGCUUCCUAUUUCUGUACCGAUCUACACAAAAUCCACAAACGCCGGGUGGAAUAUCACCAGCAGAGGCAAUGAUGAAGAGAAAACUUCGCAUGCCAUAUGAUGCAGUUCGGCCAUCCUCAGAGUCCAUAGCUGGUGAAAGGAACCUAAAGAUGGAACGUGAUUUUAAUCGGCGGUUUGGUGCCAAGCAACGUUCGUUUAGACCGGGUCAGCCAGUACUUGUGCGUGAUUAUCGGGGUGGACACGCAAAAUGGACGCCAGGAACGAUCCAGUGCAAGCGCGGAAGCGUCAUUUACGACGUGCUGGUUGGAACGCAGGUAUGGGUACGCCAUGCAAACCAACUGCGAACAACAAUGUGCCAGCCACAAGCAAUAGAAUCCGCCAAGCUUCCAUUUGACCUGUUGACAGACAGCUUCAACUUGCCUACAGAGCCAGUAGAAGAACCCUGUCAUCAGACGAAUAAUACCAGACCGCAGAGUACGGAAUUCGAAUCCAGAACACUACAGCCAAGGCGAUGCACCGGUAGGCGAAGAAUCCCUUCCAGGAGGCUCCAGGUUAAUCCCCGGCUAGCUUCAUACACAACGGCAACAGCUUCAGGAGGGGAGGUAUCCGGGAAUCAGAUAAAAACAUAAAAGAAAAAAGGGAAAGUAUAUAAUGGUGACUGAAAGCUGGGCUAAAGAGAAUCGCCUACCCCGUGCGGUCGAUCAGGCAAUCGAUCGAGCGGACGAAUGCGUUUUCAAACACCCGGCUAAUUGGACUUUUGCCUCAGAGUUGAGAGGACAGUGUUUUCGGCGGCAUUUUUCUGGCUACGUUGGCAGAGUUUUUGUUAACACGUUUUUCGUGGUCAAGGCUGUUGGAAUUUUGAUUUUUCUUCGGCUGGGCUAGAAUUGCUGCGGAGAAAUUCCUGGGUGGUUAAUUCGGAAUAGCGAAAAGGGGAAGAUCUAACAAUGGCGACGGACAAGCACGGAAAUGUUACAAAUUUUUCUGCCGAACAUUUUCAAAAGCUGCUUCUUCAGCAACAAUCCCAGAUGGAAGCACAAAUGAAACUGAUUGAAAGUUUAACGCAGUGCUUAAACGUACAAUCAAACGGAGCAGCUACACGGGACACGCAGGCUGUUUCACUUGAUCUUCUUACGAAUUCAAUCACUGAAUUUCAUUAUGAUGCUGAUUCCGAAUCCACUUUCGAGGCGUGGUUCAAACGUUGGGAGGAUAUGUUCCAGACGGAUUUCAGCCGUCAAGAUGAUUCAUGGAAAGUGCGCCUUUUGCUCCGCAAGCUGGGAACUAAUGAACAUACAAGAUUCCUUGACCACAUAUUGCCCAAAGAGCCGAAGGACAUCACUUUCAACGAAGCAGUGGCAACACUCAAAGAAAUUUUUGGUGAGUCAACAUCAUUGUUUAGCAUUCGCUAUCAAUGUCUAAAAAUUGUAAAGCGUGAUACAGACGAUUAUGGGGCACUAGCAGACAUGGUUAACCGCGAAUGUGAACGUUUCAAGUUACGCUGUUUGACGGAUGACCAGUUUAAGUGUCUUAUAUUUGUCAGUGCUUUACAGUCUCCACGCGACGCGGAAAUCCGCACUCGGCUCCUUGCUAAGUUGGAUCAAGACCCAGAUUUGACAUUGAAGUCUCUUGUAGGCGAAUGCAAACGGUUAAUUACCUUGAAACACGACACGGCUAUGAUUGAGCAGAGUCGCCCCACCAUUGCCGAUACUGUUCAUGCUGUGCAAAAAGCAAGAAAAUCUGGCUCGAAUAAGUCGUUCAACAGAAAGCCGAACAAGCCGCCUACACCUUGUUGGUCAUGUGGUGAAUGGCAUUUCGCACGAUACUGUCCAUUCAAGCGUCAUAUUUGUGAUAAGUGCCAUAAACGCGGCCACAAGGAAGACUUUUGCCAUCAGUCCCGGCCAAGAAAUGUGAAGCAGUCCUACCGAAGGAAGAAUUUCAGAAAACCUGACGCAGAAUCACUAUCGGUGAUUGCUACGUUUCACAGCCAUUCUAGAACACGCCGCCGAUUUAUCACUGUGCUUAUCAACGGAAUCCCAACCCGGCUGCAGUUCGAUACGGCAUCAGAUAUAACGAUCAUUUCCAAGAACACUUGGAAGCACAUAAAGAAGCCGAAAAUGAUUGAUUCCAACAAAAUCGCUCACAAUGCAUCCGGUGGAGUGCUGAAGUUGGUCGGAGAAAUAAAUUGCAAAAUUGCAUUCAACGGAGUGGAAAAGGCCGGAACCUGCUACUUGUCUGAUCGACCAAACUUGAACCUCCUUGGACUUGACUGGAUGGAAAAAUUACAACUGUUUGAUGCUCCAAUGAGUCAGAUUUGCAAUACAGUACAAACCGACCCAGUACAUUCAUCAUUGUCGAUAGAAGAGAUGACCAGAAAGCUAAAGCAGCAGUUUGUCACCUUGUUUGAAGAUGGUCUCGGCCACUGCACUAAGUUCAAAGCAAAGUUGUGUCUUCGUGAAGGAACCAAGCCAGUCUUUAGAGCAAAAAGACCGGUACCGUAUGCAGCCAUGACAGCAGUUGAUCAGGAGCUCGACCGACUGGAACGAGCCGGUGUCAUCACACCAGUGAACUACUCUUCAUGGGCUGCGCCGAUUGUUGCUGUGAAAAAGCCGAACGGUAAAGUGCGAGUCUGCGCCGAUUUUUCGACUGGCCUGAAUGCCGCAUUGGACGACCAUCAAUACCCCCUUCCGAUACCAGAAGAUAUCUUUGCCAAGCUAAAUGGUGGGAAGUGUUUCGCCAAGCUCGACUUGUCCGAUGCCUACCUCCAGGUUGAGGUUGAUGAAAGCUCAAGAGAAUUGCUGACCAUCAACACUCAUCGUGGCUUGUACCAAUACAACCGCCUCCCUUUUGGCGUGAAAACAGCACCAGCCAUCUUCCAGCAGCUGAUGGACACCAUGCUCGCGGGAGUUUCUGGAGCCGCGGCGUACCUGGAUGAUAUCAUUUUAAUGGGUCGGACGGCAGAAGAACUAUUUCAGCGGCUCGCUGAAGUGCUUGUACGUAUCCAGUCAUAUGGUUUCCGUAUCCGCGAAGAUAAGUGUACCUUUUUUACACCAACCAUCAAGUUUCUCGGUUUCAUCUUCUCAAAAGACGGUCGUCGCCCUGAUCCAGAAAAUAUCCGAGCUAUUCAAAAGAUGCCCCCACCUGUGGACUUGCAGUCGCUGCGUUCAUUCUGUGGCCUAAUCAGUCAUUACAGCGCUUUUCUGCCCGAACUACAUCGCCUGCGUGCCCCAUUGAAUAAGUUGUUGAGCAAGGGCCAAACCUGGAAUUGGACGCCAGAAUGCCAGACUGUGUUUGAGCGGGUCAAGUCAUUGUUGGCUUCAGACUUACUCCUAACUCAUUUUGAUCCUUCCCGGGAAAUUGUCCUUGCCACAGACGCAUCGAGUCUAGGAAUCGGUGCCGUAGUUUCCCAUACGUUCCCAGAUGGAUCUCAGAAGGCGAUCGCACAUGCCGCCAGGACGCUAACGAAAGCUGAAAGAAACUACAGUCAGAUCGAGAAGGAGGCAUUGGCCAUAGUGUUUGCUGUGAAGAAAUUUCACAAAAUGCUGUAUGGUCGCCGCUUCAAACUCUUGACGGAUCACAAGCCGCUGCUGGCCAUUUUCGGCUCGAAGAAGGGAAUUCCUGCCUAUACAGCCAAUCGACUCCAACGAUGGGCACUUACAUUGCUGGGCUAUGAUUUUGAAAUCCGUUAUCAGUCAACGAAUUCGCUGGGCCAAGCAGAUGCGUUGUCACGCCUCAUUGAUUCCCAGCAACAAGAACACGAGGACACCAUCAUUGCCUCAGUUGAAAUCGAACCUGAUGUCAAAUUCCUGGUGAACGAGGCACUACAUGGUAUGCCAGUUACGGCCGAUGCUGUGCGGGCCGAAACGCUUCGAGACCCAAUCCUGAAGAAGGUGACACACUUCCACAGAACCAGCUGGCCACGUUCGUGUUCAUCUGCCGAAAUGCAGCAGUUCUAUCAGCGAAGACAUUCGCUUUCCAUUGUGGACGAUUGCAUCAUGUUCUCAGACAGAGUAGUCAUCCCGCGGGCGUUGCAACAAAGAGUGCUGCGACAGUUCCAUGCAGGACAUCCAGGGCUCAACCGAAUGAAAGCGCUUGCCAGAAGUUAUGUAUAUUGGCCGUUUAUGGACAGGCAGCUAGAGCAGCUAGCUAAAAGUUGUGGCAACUGCGCUACCGCCUCAAGGGCACCGCCAAAGACUGAACUCCGCUCAUGGCCUAAACCAACUAAACCUUGGAGUCGUGUUCAUGUAGACUUUGCAGGCCCAAUCAAUGGCCAGAACUUUCUCAUAGUGGUCGACGCUUAUAGCAAGUGGCCCGAAGUGUUCCUCAUGAGAAGCACGAAAACCAGCGCAACCGUCUCUAGGUUGCGACAAAUCUUCAGCAGGUUCGGCUGCCCUGAAACAUUGGUGACGGACAAUGGAGCACAGUUUACUUCGGCCACAUUCAUGGAAUUCUGCCAACGUUGCGCCAUCAAACACGUGCGGUCUCCACCAUUCCACCCACAAUCGAAUGGCCAAGCAGAGAGGUUUGUGGAUACAUUCAAACGCGCUCUCCUCAAAUCAAGGAGGGAGGGAGACAUAGAGGAGGUGAUCGACCGCUUCCUAUUUCUGUACCGAUCUACACAAAAUCCACAAACGCCGGGUGGAAUAUCACCAGCAGAGGCAAUGAUGAAGAGAAAACUUCGCAUGCCAUAUGAUGCAGUUCGGCCAUCCUCAGAGUCCAUAGCUGGUGAAAGGAACCUAAAGAUGGAACGUGAUUUUAAUCGGCGGUUUGGUGCCAAGCAACGUUCGUUUAGACCGGGUCAGCCAGUACUUGUGCGUGAUUAUCGGGGUGGACACGCAAAAUGGACGCCAGGAACGAUCCAGUGCAAGCGCGGAAGCGUCAUUUACGACGUGCUGGUUGGAACGCAGGUAUGGGUACGCCAUGCAAACCAACUGCGAACAACAAUGUGCCAGCCACAAGCAAUAGAAUCCGCCAAGCUUCCAUUUGACCUGUUGACAGACAGCUUCAACUUGCCUACAGAGCCAGUAGAAGAACCCUGUCAUCAGACGAAUAGUACCAGACCGCAGAGUACGGAAUUCGAAUCCAGAACACUACAGCCAAGGCGAUGCACCGGUAGGCGAAGAAUCCCUUCCAGGAGGCUCCAGGUUAAUCCCCGGCUAGCUUCAUACACAACGGCAACAGCUUCAGGAGGGGAGGUAUCCGGGAAUCAGAUAAAAACAUAAAAGAAAAAAGGGAAAGUAUAUAAUGGUGACUGAAAGCUGGGCUAAAGAGAAUCGCCUACCCCGUGCGGUCGAUCAGGCAAUCGAUCGAGCGGACGAAUGCGUUUUCAAACACUCGGCUAAUUGGACUUUUGCCUCAGAGUUGAGAGGACAGUGUUUUCGGCGGCAUUUUUCUGGCUACGUUGGCAGAGUUUUUGUUAACACGUUUUUCGUGGUCAAGGCUGUUGGAAUUUUGAUUUUUCUUCGGCUGGGCUAGAAUUGCUGCGGAGAAAUUCCUGGGUGGUUAAUUCGGAAUAGCG